AUGGCAGAAAUUAGGAAAAGUAAUUGUCAUGUUUUAUUUGAAGGUGCUCAGGGUAUUAUGCUUGAUUUGAACCAUGGUACAUAUCCUUAUGUUACUUCAUCAAAUACAGUAACUGGUUCUGUGUUAAAUGGCUCAGGUGUAAGUUAUAAGAUGAUAGAUUUUGUUUUGGGUAUUACAAAAGCAUAUUCUACAAGAGUUGGUUCUGGUCCUUUUCCUACUGAAUUUUUAAAUGAUGAACAAGAUUUACAAGUUCAUAUUGGGGGAAAAGGUAAAGAAGUAGGAACAAAUACAGGACGUUUACGUCGUUGCGGUUGGUUUGAUGCAGUGGCUGUUAAACAAGCUGUUAAUGUUGCAGGAAUUGAUGGAAUUGCUCUUACUAAAUUGGAUAUUUUAGAUGAAUUAGAUGAAAUUAAGAUUUGUAUUGGUUAUGAGCUAGAUAAUCAAAUUAUUGAUUAUUUGCCAUCAUCUUCAGUUGAUCAGUUUAGAGUAAAACCAAUAUAUGAGACUAUAAAAGGUUGGAAAAGUAAUACACAGUCUAUGAAGUCUUGGAUUGAUAUCCCUUUGCAAGCUAAUAAAUAUGUUAGAAGAAUUGAAGAACUUAUUGGAGUCCCUGUGACUUUAUUGUCAACAAGUCCAAAAAGAGAAGAUACAAUUUGUGUUCAUGAUCCAUUUUUGAUUUAA